AUGCUGCCACCGCACGAAGUAGCCACGGACGAGACCAUCUUUCGUCCAGACGGCUUCAUCAAGUUUCCGCGCUCCGAUGGCGACCCCGACUAUGGGCCGCCGAACACAGUAGUUCCGGCCAAGACAGACGUCGAAGUCAACUACUACCACGUCUUCGGCCGCGAAGAGAAGAGGCACGAUCAAUGGCGAACGGCGUUCGGCGAACACCUCGCGACCUACUUCAAGCUCGACCCACUCUCGCGCUCGAAAGCCAAGUGGAAGCUCUACGACUUUCCGGAGCACUACUACUUUACGGAGCAGCGCAAAGGUCCGGCGCUCGAGCCCCGCACAGAUCCGUACCUCUUCGGGAGCCAAGGGCAUCGCUUCCGCUCCACGAAAGAGGCGGUCGAGCACUUUGUCUGGCUUUUGUGCGAUCCGGAUCUGAACAAAGCAAACUGUCGGUGCAAAUACUGCCACAAGGGGCCCCGCACCUCGACCGGCGGUGACGCCACACCGAAAAAGACCGCCGGUACCAAACGCAAAGGCGAGCCCAUGAGCGCAUCGAGCGCUGCCGGCAAAGUGGGACGUCCACGCAAGUCGCAAAACGGAGACGGCACCGAGCCGGUGCAGAGCCAGACCUCGAUCACCAUCCGCGGACUUGAUAUGAAGCGACUCGUCCCCGGUCUCACGAUUGCAUCCGUCCCGCAGCGCGAGCAGGAGCUCAUGCACGAGCUCAAGCGCGGCGAAAAGGAACGAUUCCGAGUGGGCGAAAUGGUGUGGUGUCGCUUGGAGCAGCCCGUGGUCGACCCGACGGAUUCUUCGAGGCAGAUCGCACAAUGGCCGGCCGUGAUCGUCGACCCGGGAGUCGAGUUCACCAUCCAGCUCGGAUACGACCCAGAGGACAAGAAGGACGUCAAGACCAGCAUCGAGGCCGUCUCCGCACCAAGCCAACGUGCCGAAUCGCCGCCUUCCCUCGGCGGUAGCAGCAGCUCGGUGCAACAGAGCAUGGUCUACCAGGUCGCAUUCUUCGGAACCAUGGAGACGGUCAGGGCUCCGGAAUCCGCCUUGACGCCGUAUCUGGCCGGUCUGAUCCCGCAUGAGCUGAUCAACAGCGACUUGGGCGCGCGCGAGGACCAUCCCUGGCUCUUCGACGAGAACGAGUUCCCGCAUCUUAACCUAUCGCGGCAGCCGGAUCUGCCCGAGCCGAAUUUCACAAAGGCUAUCGUCGCGUUCGGGUUCGCUGCCGAGGCCGUCGCGGUGCUGCGCAACCUCUACAGCUUGACGGACGCCUACUCGGCGUCGGACGAACCAGAGCAGGUCUUGCGCGAUCUGGGCGCGGCUCCCACGGAUGAAAAGAAGCCAGCAGACAUGCGAUACUAUCAGGGUAUCUACUUUGGGCUCGAGCGACUAUGGGUGGGCGACGUGGUCCGACUACGACUGUCGAAGAGCGACAUCCGUAAACUCCAGGAGCAGCUCAACGCGACGCUGGUGGCGGACAAGUUGCCCGGCGCGCCCGAUCCGUCCGCACUGAUCCUCGACCCAGACGCGUCGUACGUGCUUCAGCUGGCGGCCAUCUACAGCGAUCCGCGUGCGCCCAAGAUGGUGCGUGUGGCCGGCGAGAUCUUUCAGAUUAUGCCGCAGGCCAAGUACAACGCGCUCCAGGCGGACAUGCAAGCGAGCAUCAAGCGGCUCGAGGCGGACGACAGCCUAGACGCGGCGGCACGACUGGAGGAGGCGAAACAGCUCGAAGCACGACUGCCCAAGCCGAGCAUUCUGACGGGCAAGCCGGGCUUCCCCGCUAUGCCUCCUCUUCCUCCCGGAUUCGUCAUGAUCUCGCUCAGCGAGCGACUACAGACGCGCAUCCCCCGCGAGACGACGCUCAGCAUCGGCCACGUCGCAGGCAGGAUCUACCCAUCGCUAGGUAUGCACUCGGACGGCCCACGCGUGGCCGAGCAGAUCCAGCAGACACCUGCCGACAAAAGACUGGCCGCCGACGAGGACACGCAGAUCGACCUCAGGGCACGCCUGAGUGUCGCCGGUCUCUUGUCGGGAUGCGUCAAGGCGAUGCGCGGCAGUAGCGUGCACACGUGGACGCGCACGGCGAGCUUCAGGGGAGCAUUGGUGAUCGCGAGAACCAAGCUCGGCAAGGUCAUCUUGGGCGAGUUCGACGCUUCAGACGUUGAGGACUCGGUGAGCGUCUCGCCAUCCAAGACGCCGUCCAAGAAGGGAAAAGCAGCAGCAGCGGCAGCAGCAGAAUUGGCGGCGGCGGCGACGGAGACACCGGUUCAAGCAGACACGGCGGCAGCAGGAGCUGAGGCGACAAAUGGGGCAGCCACGCAGUCGCAGCAGACGCCGGUCACCACCGUGGAGACCUCGCCGCAAGAUGUGGCAGCGGCAACGGGGGGAGUAGCGGGAGACGCGCCGCCGUCUUCCGAGGACGAGCCGCCGCUGCUACCCGGCUGGGUGCCACGACAGUCCAAGACCAUGGGGGGUUGGUACUUUGUUCACACGCAGACCAAGCAGACGCAGUGGGAGCGUCCAGCGGCCUAG